CUGCAUCGCGUAUGUACUGUAGUGCCAGUGCCAGUGCCAGUGCAAGUCCUCUGUGCAAGUCCCUGUCCGUUCGAGUUCUUUCCGUGCAUCCCAUACCACCCACUCUACUCAACUGCGAUUUCGAUUCAUCCAUCCCCGCGACAGGACAGCCGACUUUGGAUUCUUUAGAUCCUACUAUACACACUACACUAAUUACCCGCUUUCGAGCACAGUACAUAGUUCCCUACACACAUACCUGUCGACCCCCACACGACACUCGGCCACCAGCGACCCACGAGCGGCAGCCGCCUUGCAGAGACCUUGUAGAGAACAAGUACCAGUACAUACCAGUACAGUUCUCGGCAAGCCCAAGCGCAAGAUUCUACCAUCCAGUAGCCUUCAGUGGUCUUCACAUGAACAUGGCGAGCCAAGGUACCAUCAUGUACAGGUUACCUGCGCAAGCGCCAGCGACUGGAGGAGGAGGAGGAGGAGUGGUACUUGGUAGAGUAGGCAGAGUAGGCAGAGUACAUUUUUCUUUUCUUUUCCCAAUAACCACGCUAGAUUCUGCGGUCUCCUCUAGAUCUGCACUUUUUCUUACAGGCCUUGGAGCCUUGGGGGAGGGGGGUAGUAUCUUGCUCUAUGUAGAGUACUGGUACAUAUCGGUACGGUACUCAGAAUUGCAUCAUUUACUACCGACCCCCUACUGCGGUGCGGACUAUCAUUUGUAGAGUAGUUACUAGACUCUACCCUACUCUAGUACUCAGAAGUUAGAACUGUGUCAAAUUGCUUUAUUUCUGUCUCUCCUCCAGCUCCAUCAAUGAUCACGGGCUAUGAUAGGUAGCCAAACCAAGCUCCAGACCUCGGGCCCGUUCAAAGGUGA